UUUUCUUUAAGAUAUUUUUACGUUGUUAUUUAUGUACACAUUUGGUGACAGUUUCGUAUGAUGACGAAAUUAACUCAUCGUCGUCUGUUAUUUGGUUAUAUUUUUAUUUAGUUAAAAUUUGUGACUAGUUUUUGUAUUUUUCAUUUAAGAAAAAGCAGAACAUCGGCGGCUAAUCAUUUUCUGCUGCAUACAUGUUCAGUCUUUUUUGAGCAACUUUGUCCACAUCACGAAACUUCCUGUAAAUAAUUAAAUGACAUACAUCUUUUGUUUUGAACUGAAAUGGCAAAAGAAUCAAGUAAUUGGGAAGAAUUAAGGAGACAAGCUCGACAAUUGGAAAAUGAAAUAGAUCUAAAACUGGUGUCUUUUAGUAAGCUGGGUACUAGCUAUGGAAGUCAAGAUUAUCGAAAUGAAAACAGUGACACUGUGCCAUUACUCAGUAGCUCUAACAGCGAGCAUAUGUUUGAAACAAUGGCAUUGGAAAUUGAACAGUUGCUCUCUAAACUUACAGAUGUUAACGAUAAAAUGAUAAGUUAUUGUCAGACACAAACAGCUCCAGGUGCAACAGUAUCACACACUCUGCAACGGCACAGAGAUAUAUUACAAGAUUGUACUCAUGAAUUCCAAAAGACCAAAGCAAAUAUUCAAGCCAGGAAAGAGAGAGAACAACUGCUAAGCUCAGUUCGAAAAGAUAUUGAUGCCUAUAAAAGUUCAUCUGGUUUGAACAGGAGGACUGAUUUGUAUCUCAAGGAACAUGAACACAUUAGAAAUUCCGAGAAAAUGGUGGAUGAUCAAAUAAGCAUUGCAGUGAAAACCAAAGAAGAGCUUAUGAGUCAGAGAAUUGCAAUGAAAGCUAUACAAACUAAAAUGACAACUUUAGUUAAUCGUUUUCCAGUUAUUAAUAGCAUCAUACAGAGAAUCAAUUUAAGGAAGCGAAGAGAUUCCAUUAUAUUGGCUAUAGUCAUAAGUAUUUGUUUGAUUUUAUUCAUAAUCUAUACAUUUCAUUGAUGUCAUUGGAAAUGGAGAAUUAAUUGUAUCAAUUGAAAUGUUUGUCUUAAAGAGUUUAAUGUUGUAUGUUUCUAUUCUCUUUUAACUGUCUUACCAAGAAAUAUGAAAAUAAAGUGAA